AUGCCUGCCUACACCAUUCAGCAGGACUUGCCAUGGAUGGUAUCGGGAAGCGCGGCAGGAGGCUCAAGUACAAGCCUUGCUUCUGAUAUAUCUGACGUACCGCCGCUGCGUAUUGUAAGCCGCCGAACUGAGCCUUACCAUGCGCAGGCGCGACGGGAGGUCUAUGAGAGCGGUCGACAACUCCCACAACAGUCACGCCUGCCAGUGUUUCAACAAGUGCGUUCGAUCCUGCAACCUCGUCGGUCACCCGCCCCGUCGGCUGGAGACGUCAGAUGGGAUCCAUACAGCGGCGAGCCUAGCCUCGAAGGCAAGGCCGGACAAGUACAGCCAUCGAACUACCAACCGCCAUACCAAUCCAACACCCGGAGGAGAUCUCUCGAACGCCGUCGUUUGACUACGCGAACAAAGAGUGUGAGGUAUUCCCGAAGCGUUUCACCUGUAAGCAUGCUUCAUCCUGAGGAAUACGACUACGAAUAUCGACCUUCACUGGACAUGCCGUAUCAUAAUGACUUUCGAUCCACCUCACCUGUGUCGUCCGUCUCUACGAUUGCAACUCGGCACUCCCGUGGGCGUAGCGAUACCACGGUAGAUAUGGCGACUAUGACUGCUAUCACCCCACAGCCCGUGAUGCCCAUCACACCGGUGUCACUUGCAAAGGUACCCAAGCGGAAGCCGAUCACCAGAGCCACGCCAUCGCCAGCACCCUCCGAUCCCAGGACUUCAGUUUCUUCCAUCCCAAUCAUCUCGAGUACGUUCAUUCCAGGAGGUGACGCCGAGCUGGAUGCCUACAUGGUACAGUCACGGCCCAGCUUUGAGUCCUCGGUAUCAUCACACGCCCGCAAUCGGUCUCAGAGCCACUUCAGCUGGACGACUUAUGCUGCGUCAAUCGCACAAUCUAGCCAACCUGCCGACCCACCUACUCCCAUCAGCAAGGCCAUACCACGGGUCGAUUCCACGGAGCCAGAAAGCCGGUUCAGUUGGAGCACAGUGGCCACGGCGCCUUCUAACCAUCCUAGCCGUCUAGAUUCACCACCUCCGAGCCCGCCACCGCCGGUGCCUGACAAGUAUCGAGCACCGCCGAUUCAGUCCAUCCUCUCACGGCAGCGUGCUAUACCUCGAGCCCAAGCACCUGAAAGGGCACCCGAGCGAGCACCUCUGAAAGAAUCACCAGUCCGCGUCAUUCCAGAUGAUCCACCGGCAUCGCUCCGCCCAGUGGACACAGCAACCACGCUAAGUCUCUCGGCGCCCAUAUCUCCACGCUUCGUUAGCGAUCCUCGUCCAAGAACAGCGGACGUGCGCUCGCCUCCCAGUGAGUUGAUCGUCCUGACGGGAACUCGCCAACGCGGCGCCAGCCACGGCCAAAGCUCAGCGCUCUCCAAUGGCGGCGUCACCAACGGCAUCAAUCCUAACACGCCCAGCACCACCGGCGCCAAACAACUACCCGCGCCUCCGCCCGAAGCCAACGAAUCGGACUCGCCACUCACCCAUCUCGAGAACCUGCUGCGAACUCAGCAAGACAAAGUCCACCAAAGAACCAACAUCGAACGUUUGGUUGCGUCAUUCUCAGCAAUGGAAACGGCCAGUCCCCUCGAUGUAUCCUUCGGACAACUGCGCGACGCCAAACGUAAAUUGGAAGAGCUGCGCAUCACUUUGGACGAGGUGAAGCUGGAAGAGCGCGACAUUGGAAUUGCAAUUAGUCGGGCGAGGAGAAAGGAAGGUGAAGAGGAGGGUCUGUGGGUAAGGAGAGUUCUGGCAUGA